AUGUCCGAGUCUGCCUACGCCAUCCCCCCCAACUCCACCAUCGUCGUCACCGGCGCCAACGGCUACAUCGCCUCGCACAUCGUCGACGUCCUACUACAGCUAGGCUUCCAUGUUCGCGGGACCGUGCGGUCCGCAAAACCCUGGCUAGACCGGCUGUUUGAGGAGCGACACCGACAUGGUAAAGGCCGGUUCGAGAGCGUUAUCGUCCCGCGAAUGGAUGUCGAGGGGGCGUUGGAUGAGGUGGUCAAGGGUGCGGCGGGGUUGAUUCAUGUUGCCUCCGACGUCAGCAUGAAUCCCGACCCCAACACCGUCAUCCCCGCCGCCGUCAAUCUGACUGUCAACGCGCUCAAAGCGGCGUCUAAGCAGCCCUCGAUCAAGAGGGUUGUGCUGACCUCGUCGUCGUCGGCUGUUCUCAUCCCGAAGCCGAAUCAGGAGGUCGUCGUUGACGAGAAAACAUGGAACGACUCCGCAGUAUCCGCAGCCUGGGACGAAAGCACCCCAGCCGACGCCAGACGGUACAUCGUGUACGCCGCGUCCAAAGUCGAAGCGGAGCGCGCAGCGUGGAAAUGGGUGGAAACGCACAAGCCGGGGUUUGUGUUGAAUGCUGUGAUUCCGAAUUUCAACUCCGGACCGAUCCUCCAUCCUGAAAUCGGUGGUUCGACGAUGGGCUGGGCGAGGAAUCUGCUCAAGGGAGACGCGUCUGUUAUUGAGCUUCUUCCUCCGCAAUACUACGUCGACGUCCGCGACAACGCACGCCUACACGUCGCCAGCCUCCUAGACAAAAACAUCCAGUCGGAGCGCAUCUUCGCUUUCGCGCACGAGUUCAACUGGACGGAUAUCAUCCAGCUGUUCCGCAAGCUGCGGCCGCACAACACGCGGAUCCCGGAGCCGCCGGCCAACGAAGGGCGUGAUCGGUCGGUGGUCAAGCCGCGCAAGAGGGCUGAGCAGAUUCUGCGGUCGUUCUUUGGGCAGGAGGCGUGGACGGGGUUGGAAGAGAGUUUUGAGGCGGGUAUUGAGGGUUACUACAGUAUUUACUUGCAUGGCGAAAAAGAAAGACAAAAAAACGACAAAAAAAAAAGCAAGAAAAGCAAAGAAAGAAAGAAAGGGAGAAAAGCCAAGCACUCAUUCUGCAAGAAAAAGGCAAAAGAAAUAGAAAAGAAUUCCACCAUUCCAAAUCCAUUCCUUCCAUCCCUCGACUGCUCCCUGCUCCCUGCCGUGUCCCGGCCCGUCACCGUGCAGGACGACAACAUGGAUAUGGGAUAUGCCGUAUACAUACAGACAGACAGAAUGAAUUUUUUAAAAAAGGAGAGAGAGGGAGAGGAAGAGCCAAAUUACCACGGGGCUCAUGAACCCAGAAUUAAUGAAUAA